AAAUGCAGGUUUGACAAGGUGGAGGUUCAUACAACUCCUUCUGAAGUUACAAACAGCUCCAAGAGAAAGCAUGUCAGACAGACUUGAAACUCUGAGACUCAGUCGAUGUGGAAACCGCAUCUCAUCAGGUCGACAGAUCCCUCGGACUCCACCGAUGACCUCUGUAAGGAAGCAGCUGGAGUUUAGUGAGCCGGAGGAGACGACUCAGGCUCCAGAUUGUAAUCCAGACGCUGACCCUACAAACAAACACAGUCCAGCUAUUAAUAGCAGCUUUACUGGAGCAGCUACUCUUCAGGACAUGCUGAAAGGAAUGAAGGGCUAUGAGGUCACACCAAGUGACUUGGAAUUCAUUAAAAAGAUGAAGGAAGAACAGCUCGUUAAAAAACUCCAGGGAGAUCUGCUGGUGGUGCAGAAGCAGCUGAAGAAUGAAACGAUGGCCUUGGAGCUGGCUAAUGCUUCCAGGGAGAUGGCACUGGAUGAACUCAACAAGUUCCCCUCCUGUGAAGACCUAACAAAGUGGGCAACAGUGGUGCACAGAAAGACGUCCCCUUUGACGGAGGUCGAGGGUUUGGACUUGAUGUCUCUUCUGGCUGGGAUAACGCUGCAAGACGUCGACAACUUGAUGGUGGAGAAGAAGAAAAGGGUUGAUCAGCUCAAGAAGAGGGCUGCAAAAAAGCAAAAGGCUGAUAAAAGAGAGCAGUUGGAAAAACAAAUUGCCUGUGAAGAGCUAAAGAUCCGGGAGCUGAUGAAGCAGUUGGCAGAGUUAAAAUCUGAACUCCUACAGCAAAAAGCGGAGGUGUGUAACUCCCUGAAAAAACCGGAAGAUCUCGAGGAACAUGGAGGAGGAGAAGAGGUUAAACUUUGUGAAAACUCUAAACCGGCAACAAUCCGUGGUCCCUCAACCAGAAGUAAACCCAAAACGAUCCGAUCGAAACAAACGAGCACGAAAGACGCUUCGGGGAUGAGACCAGAAGAGAAGCAGCGAAAGCCCAGAUCUUCGUCAGAAUCGACGACUUUAAGACCAGCUCCAGGAGAACGGAAGAUGGAGGAGGGCGAGGAGUCUGAACGGGUUGAGAGGAGGAGACGAAAGCCUGCAGGAGCUGCCCCGAAAACGGCGUCGCAAGCGGAGGAUAUUAAAAAGGAGACGUCCGAGACUCUGCCGGCGUCACGCAGCAGGAGACGAGGAGCCGCGGAAGGUCCAGCUCCGAGGCGGUCGAAAAGGAUCGCCAGCAAGAAGUGAAGCUUGGAGCAUCUUUUCAUUUGGUUGUACAGUAGUUUUUAAUUUUUCUUAAAGUAUAGAUUGUGUCCACUAAGAGGGCAUUAAAUGGGACUUGUAGCUACAUCAUCAGGCCGACAUGCUCUAGUUUUUAAACCGAACUUCAGCAGCAAUAAAUAAGGAAAAUAACUUCAUGUUCCUGCUUUGUAGUUUUUGUUUUGUAAUCCUUUGUUGCAGCUGAGAUGGACAAAAUUUUG